AUGGCCACCGCGGCCUCCUCCUACUUCGCUGGCUCGGCCAUCCUGCCGUCGCAGCGCGCCGCCGCGGCGCCCGACAAUUCCGCCGUCGCCGCCCCUUCUCCGGCCAAGCAGUCGCGUGACCCCCGCUUCUCCGGAUGCGCCCCCACCACCGUGCGUCACAUCGCCCGCUCCUUCGCCGCCGCCGAUGCCACCGGUGGCGGCGACUCUGUCAUCUCCAUAGACGGCGUCGACGCCACCAACGUUUGGGUUCUGGGGAGGGCGGUGAGCGUGGUGAACAUGGAGGCUGGCGUCUCAUUCAAGCUCGACGACGGCACUGGGAAGAUCCCGCUCGUGCGGUGGAUCACUGACGAUAUUGAUGCUAAGGAAGUGUCUUUCGUCCAGAAUGGUUUAUACCUCAAGGUUCAAGUUACUCUCGUAGGGUUUAAAGCUAAGCAGCAUGGUUUUGCUCGCUCUAUGAGGCCUGUUACCAAUUUCAAUGAAGUGGUGCUGCACUUCAUUGAGUGUAUGUAUGUGCAUUUGGUAAAUGUCCGGCCAAAGAUGCAAGGUCAACUCCCUAGCGCUAUUCAAGCAAAUGUGUCUACUCAUGAGAUGCAAGCUCAAGUCACUCACACAGUUCAAACAAAUGCACCUGCUUAUAUGCCCUUCUCUGGUGGAGUAAGAGAGCAUCAAGUUGAUUUUGUUCCUCCAGUAAACCAAGGGCGAUUCCCUUCAUCAGUUCAGACAAACACAUCUACUCAUGUACCCUUUUCUGGUGGAGUUAGAGAACAGCAAGUUCACUUUACUCCUCAACCAAACCAAUUUUCAGCUUACCCAGGUACUGGUGGACAACAGCACGAUCUGCAGAGUAUGGUUUUGGAGGUUAUGCAACAACCAGAUAUACUUGCACUUGAAAAUGGAGUACAUGUUGAUGAAGUGGCAAGGAGACUUGGAAUGCCAAGAGCACAAAUUAUGGUCACUGCCCAGCGUCUGGUCGAUUUGGCCUGCCUCUAUUCCACUAUUGAUGACUAUCAUUUCAAGUCUCUUUUAAAUGGUUGA